CGCCACGCCACGCCACGCCCCAUCCGCUUCCGGCCUGGUCUAGUGACAGGGAUCUGUGCGGUGCAGCGCCACAAGUAAAGCUAGUGGUCUCUGGCACUAUGGCUGCCCUACGUGCCAUGCUGCCCCGCGUCAGGGGCCCGCUCCGGCCUCUGUCCCGCUGCCCCGCCCUGCGUCUGUUUUCGUCGGGUACUAACUUUGAAUACAUUGUCACAGAAAAAAAGGGGAAGAAUAGCAAUGUGGGGCUGAUCCGGUUGAACCGUCCAAAUGCACUCAAUGCACUCUGCAAUGGCCUGAUCGUAGAGCUCAACCAGGCACUGGAGUCCUUUGAAGCAGACCCAGCUGUGGGUGCUAUCGUGCUUACCGGCGGGGAUAAGGCAUUUGCAGCUGGAGCUGAUAUCAAGGAAAUGCAGAAUCAGACACUGCAAGAAUGUUACUCUCAAAAGUUCCUAGGUCACUGGGACCAGCUGACGCAGGUCAAGAAGCCAGUCAUCGCUGCUGUCAAUGGUUAUGCUCUUGGUGGGGGCUGUGAGCUUGCCAUGAUGUGUGACAUCAUCUACGCUGGUGAGAAAGCUCAAUUUGGACAACCAGAAAUCCUGCUGGGGACCAUUCCAGGUGCCGGGGGCACCCAGAGACUCACCCGAGCAGUUGGAAAGUCACUGGCAAUGGAGAUGGUCCUCACUGGUGACCGCAUCUCAGCCCAGGAAGCCAAGCAAGCAGGUCUCGUAAGCAAGAUUUUUCCUGUUGAAAAACUGGUUGAAGAAGCCAUUCAGUGUGCAGAAAAAAUUGCCAGCAAUUCCAAAAUUAUAACAGCCAUAGCCAAAGAAUCUGUGAAUGCAGCCUUUGAGAUGACAUUAACAGAAGGAAAUAAAUUGGAGAAGAAACUCUUCUAUUUAACCUUUGCCACCGAUGACCGGAGAGAAGGAAUGACUGCAUUUGUGGAGAAGAGGAAGGCCAACUUCAAAGACCACUGAAAACCAGCUACGUGGGCCUUAUACAUCUUUAGAGAGGAAAAAGCAGCCAUUGGUUUGGAAGCAAAUUGUGUCCUCUUAAAGGGUAGUGUAGGUGAGAUAUGUUUUCUUGCUGAUGGCCAUGGGGCUGUGGCCAUAGUUUGAGCUCUGCUGAACAACUGGCCUUCACUUGGCUGUCAAGAGAGUCAAUCAUGUAUUCUGACCAGAACAGAUUCUUUUAAAUCAAAAGUUCUGCUGAGGAGCCUUCAGGGUAUUUACUUUUUUACUUCACUUCAGGAACUGGGAUACUAGUUUGCCAGGGGUUCCUUUGUGCACAGAUUGAGUCCAGAUGGAAGGUGGGUGCCUGCCCGGUCAUGGUAUUUGUAGGUGCUCAAGGAAAGAUGUUCCUGUCUGUUGAUUUGAACAAAAUAAUGCUGAUUAAAGUAGCUACUUCGA